AUGGAGAAACUUGACAAAAUUGUUAGAAUUCUUACUGAAAAUAAUUACAAAUCUAUGUAUUAUCAUAUUAAUAAUUUAUUUAGAGAUUAUGAAAAUCAACCGAGCUUGUUGUUUGUUAUUGGCUCUCAUCCGAAAAUGGAUUGGGUGAAUUUGGUUUCUGCUCUUGCAAAAUCUCCCGAGUUGACCAAACAAUUGUUUAACUUUAAAUAUUAUUCAUUAAAUGCACUACCAGAGAAAUUAUUCCAAAUAAGACAUGUAGUUUCAGAAUUAGUCAAGAAGGACAUUUUAGCAUUACAAUUAGCUACUAAUUUUAGAAAUGAUAGAGAGAUUGUUCUUGAUGCAUGUAAACACAAUCCAUUGGCUUUACAAUUUGCCAGCUCAGACUUGAGAAAUGAUAAGGAAUUUGUAAUGAAAGUGUUGGGAAGAAGAUUUAACACACUGCACUAUGUGGGAGAGUCUUUAUUAUCCGAUUCACAAGUAUUGAGAAGAGGAAUGAUGUCUGAAAAAGAGUGGAGACAUGAAAGAUUUGAUUCAUUGAAUACUUUUGAAUUGAUUGAAGAGAUUUUGAAGAAUAGACCACUAAUGGUUCUCAAAUUUUAUCAUUUAUUGGAAGAGAGAGGUCUUGAAUUUAGAAUUGACUCAAUUUGCAACAAUUUCAAAAUAAUUAUUGAAAAGUCUCCGUUCCAAAUUCAAGAAAGUAUCCUUUUGAGAAAUCAUACCAAUCUUUUUAAUUCAAUUGAAAAUCCAAAUGUAGCUCUGAAAUUUAUUUCCAUUGGAUGUUGUGAAAAAUAUCGUGCUUGUAAAGAUCAUUUGCUCCAAUUAACAAAAUCGAAAUAUCCUCAUUUGGAAAAUCUUUCAAUGGAAACAGAGGAAGAAAAGUACAUUUUAAAAAACCAUUCAAAUGGUCUCAUUACAUGUAAAGAAGAAUUGAGAAAUGAUAAGAAUUUUGUACUGAGAUAUUUUCAAUUACACAGUAAUAGAAAGAGAAUGAUUUCCAUUCUUAGCAUUGGAGAGGCUUUGUUAAAUGACCAAGAAAUAUUGAAAGAAUAUCUUGUCACUAACGGUAUUCCAGUUGAUGAUGAGAAUAAUCUAUCAUCAGAACUCUUGAUGAAACAAAUUAUUUCAGUCUACCCAUUUUCCAUUAUAAGAUUUUACAAGUUUCUAAAGAAUGAAAUAGAGUUCAAUAUCGCCUCUUUUAACUUCCAAGAACUUUGCAGAGCAGCACCACUUAUUACCGAUCUACAAUUUGCUUCACUAUUUAUAUGUAAGAAUUAUUCUUUUUAUUAUAAGCUAUCAGAUGAGCUAAGGAAAGAGGCAUCUCUUGUUAAGCUACUGCUUUUUAAAAUUGGGGUUAAUAUUCAUUUUGAAAAACUUCCUUCUGCUUGUUACUCAGAUAGAGAAAUAAUGACCCAUAUAUUGACAACACCUUCAUAUCACUAUAGGAAAGAAAGUAAUUCAAUUUGUUAUGCUGUUUGUAAAGCAUUCCCAUUUGAUAUUGACCUUAUGAAACAAGCAGUCAAAUGGCAUGGACUGACACCACUCGCUUACAUACAUCACGACCUGUUACUAAAUAAUAGGGAUUUCUGUGAUUGGUUAAUGGACAGUCGUUACCAUCCACAAUCAUACUAUAAGUAUCUUCCAAUAGACUUUGUCAUGAAAUGCAUUAGGAAAAACAAAGUUUGCUACAAGUAUUUUGGACAGACAUUUAGAGAAAAUAGACAAGUGAUUGAUCUGGCAAUGGAAAUGGGUGUUCCAAUCAAGGAAAUUACAGCAUGUCAAGCAUUCAGUGAGCAUUUGUGGGAUAGUUCACCAGAUAAUUUUGUAGAUAAUUUGUGUCAUCCAGGUUAUCAAGUGUUUCUCAAUAAGGAUCUACUGAGGAGAGCUAUUGAAAGAAAUUCUAAAGUUUUUGACAAUAUUGAAAAAUGGAAGAAUUAUCCUGGAUGUGAGUGUUUAUCCGAGCAAGAUUGGACAGAUUUGAAAAAGUUAGCAAGUGCCAUGGAAUAGUUAAAUUGGAUGGCAAAAUUGGUUUAUUAUACUUAGUUAAGCAAUUUCGAAUUCGAACGAAGUUUUUGAUUCAAAAAUGAAUUCCUUUAUUUCCUUUAUUACUAAUUUAUUAAACAACUAAUAAGG